AGCAGAGGAUGAGGACAAGCUGCUGUCCAGAGUCUCACACUGUCGACUAAUGCUAGUUUCUGCGGAAAACUUCAACUUUCUCGACAGAGUAGAACAACAAUCUGUGCCACCAUCUUUGGAUAAGUAGGGCGUUAAGAUGCCUAAAAGCGAUACCUGGCCAGGUGGGAUUGGACUGGAGACGAUGAACGGCAUGGACAGUGCUGGCAGCUGUGACAGCGUUGUCAGUGCCAGUUCUGUCUUUAGUGAUGAUAGUCUGGACUAUCUGUCUGCUGAAGAGAAGGCCUGUCUCAUGUUUUUGGAGGAGACUAUUGAGUCUUUGGAUACUGAGGAGGAUAGUGGACUGUCCAAUGACGAACCUGAACAACUGCCCAGCCAUGGCAACCUUGCUACCAAAUUGGCUGACCUGUCGGCCUCCAUGAGCAAGAGCAAGCUCAACGGUUCUGAGAGCCAUGAUUCUAAGGAACUCAUCAAAGAAAACGUUGACAUCAAACCCGUGCAAAGCUUCCUAGUUCCUACACCUUUUGUUCUUGCAAGCAGUAAAACCCUCUAUUCUAAACCUCAGUUCACAUUCCAAAACGACAAACCCGAUCACAAACACAACCAGAAACCUGCUGCUCUCCCAGUUCCCUUAGAGGUUAAUGUUGUAAUACCUCCUUCUGCGAAACCAAGGGACUACUUAGGUAGAACAGCUGAGGGUCCUUUACCAAGAGGACCUCUGUCCUAUGAGGCUCUAGUUCAUUUGCGGAGGAGUGCCUCUGCAAAGAAGACGCCUUUAUGUCCCAGAAUCGAUCACACUAUAGACUUGGAAAAGCCUGCCCCAGUGGAUGGCCCAAACUUUGGAAAUCCACCAAGAGCUGACAGAUCCCACUUAGAAGUUUCCUCCUCUAAAAUAGCCCCUCCAGUUGUGGCCCCCAAACCCAAAAAGAUUACAGCCAACAUUACUGUGAAAACACAAAGUGAAGGAUCCAAAAUCUCAAGCACUUCAUACGGUGUCAAGCAUGCAACAGAUCCACAGGUGGUGAGACUGGAAGCUUUGCAGAAGCUGGGCCUCCUGAAAGACCAAGAGCCAGAAAAUGAGGCGGUGGCCCCACUGCCUCCACCGAGCUCCCACACCUCUUUGAACCCAACACCAAACAGAUUUACAAAGGCUCCAUCUAACUGUAAUCCAUCAAGGAGCCCAUCGUUUUGUUACUCUAAAGAGCCCACAGAGCCCAAGAGCAGGCCUCUACAGAGCAGUGCCAGUUUCCAUCACUAUUCCAGACAUGAUGAGCAACCAGUGUCAGUAAUGCAUCCUGAUCAGUCCAAUGGAUUGAAGACAGCUGGUCUGAAGCACAAACAAAGAAAGUACCCUGAACAGCAACACACGUCAUCAGCCAAACCAGUGAAAACCACCACUACAGCUCAGCCUGUACCGCACCAACCCUCAAACUCAGUUGGAUAUACUGUGAUGGUGGUUCCUGGUAUGGGAGCUGAUAGAAAAGAGGCUCUCAGAAAGCUUGGACUGCUCAAAGACUGAAACCAGCAAACAGCAGAAGUCUGGCAAUGUAAAUGCAAUACUCAGAAGGAGUUUAAGAGUACCAUCAGCUUAAAGAGAAUUAUAGUAUUAAGUUGGAAUUGGUCACUUUGGCAAACCAAGGCAGAAGACGAGGAUUGCUUUAAAGGCAACACCGGCACUUAUAAUGUAGAUCAUGUUUAUUCACAGAUUAAAUUACUUUGUUUUUAUCCAAAACCAUUUUUGCAGUAGGUUUCAAGAGUAACUGGAAAUACAACUGAAAUAUUUCAAAUCCCUGAAGCUCUGCAUUUGUGAUAAACAAUGUUAUGUUAAGGUCAUCUAGCCAGAAUUUCUUAUUGUGUUUGCUUUAAUGGAUUUCAGUUAGACAUGAACUGAGAAGGCGCAACAGUACACCAAUCAGUCUAAGAGUGUAUAAGGAUGUGCCCAAAUCAGCAGAAUUUGUACAUUACAGAUUGUUUCAUAAUUCACAUAUGUGCCUGUAAAUGCAUUGUUGAGCACAUUUUUUGGAGCAAAGCCUCAAAGAAGCAAAUUAAUUCAUGCACCUAGUAAAGAUUUCAAAACAAAAUUUUGAAAAUGUUUUGAUGUGAUUUUUCAGUGUUUUAUAAACUGCAGAAGCUGUUUCCAUUAAAUGAUUAUCAAGAUCCUAUGUAUCAUCUGUUCCUUUCUCCUACUGUUUUUGAUUAUAAAUAUGGUCUAAAUGUGUCCAUGCAUUUGCCUACUAGAGAUGUUUCCCCAAAUUGAAAAAUGAUUCUGUAUUAUUUCCUUCUAUUCUACUACUGAAAAUAAAGUCUACAUGUAAUAGA